AUGCUCACAUUUAAAUAUAAUCCAUUUUAUUGGGAUAAUACGGCCAGGAAUAUAACAACAGCAAUUAUAGACCUGAGUAUAAAAAGGAACGGAACAGAAUUUCAUAUUUCAGACCUUGAGGAGCCAUUUGAACUGUACAUCCCCCUAAUACAACAGCCUGUAAGGAGAAAAAAUAACACGUUCUUCGUAAAACCAAGCCAGACAUUUGAAAACAUUCGUUAUCACGAAAUAAGUAUUCCGUCAGAAGAAACAGUUGCUAUUAUUGACAUCGUACCCGAUGGAAAUAAUCUAUUAGAUGUUUUUAUCAGCGCUGGAGUAAGACCUACACCAGGUAAUUACAGCUUCAGUAGUAAGAUACCUCAUUAUGGAAACUGCAGGAUAUCUGUCACUGAAACUAUGUUGGACCAGCAAUGUUCACCAUACAGGCUUCUUAUAUCAAGCAGUCUGACCGGCAAAACAGGAGUGUACUACAUUGCCAUAUUGUUUCGUAAAAACUAUUCUAUUAAAGGUAAUGCGGCAAAAGAAGUCGGCACAGAAGGGGAUUUCCCGGUUAAACGCCAGUUGCCAUCUCCUAAAGGUGUCCGAAAGAAGCGUUUUUGUGCCGAUGUUAAGGAUCCUCCAACCACACCGCCGUCAAAACCAAACAUGGUAAACUCAGCGUACAAUUUGCAUGACGUCAAUUAUACAAUGUCCGUGUCAAUCAGCAGCUGUUUGUAUUGGUCCAAAAUGGAUAAAAAAUGGACAAGCAAGGGCUGUAAGGUUGGCUUCAAAACCAAUCACACGAAUAUCCACUGCCUUUGCACUCAUCUAUCAGCAUUUGGUGGAAACUUUUUUGUCGCCCCAAAUCCCAUAGACUUUGACAAAGUUUGGUUGGAGUUUAAAAACCUGGAAGAAGCUGGAAACUUCGUGUUAGCAGCUGUGUUCUCUAUAUAUGGAAUAUAUAUGUUGGGUCUACUCUUGGCCCGCCGAUUCGAUCUAAAGGACCAAGCUAAGGUUGUGGCAAAUGUAUUGAUGAGUGAAUACAACCAAGAGGGUCACCUUUACGAGAUACAAAUUCAAACUGGCAUUUGGAAAGGAUUUGGUACAACUGCCACCGUAGGAAUUGACAUCUUUGGGGAAGAGGGCAGCAGCGGCCCGAUCAUCUUAUCAGCUUUAUCGCUCUACGGGAAAUUAUUUUCUCGUGGAAGUGUAACGAAUUUUGUAGUUUUUCUCCCCCGUAGUUUGGGACGUUUAAAAAAACUUCUCAUUUGGCAUGACAAUUUCGGCUCAAGUCCAUCCUGGUUUCUUCAGCAAGUCAUCAUUACUGAAUCUCACGAAGGAAAAAAAUGGUAUUUCUUUGCAAACAAAUGGAUUGCCAUUGAACGAGGGUUAGGAAACUUAUGCGUUGAACUAAAAGCAUUAGGGGAAAAAGAGCGCGUUGGAUAUCGUCAUUUGUUUUAUUCUAAAGCUUCAAGAGGACUUGGAGAUGAUCACCUUUGGUUGUCAUUGUUUACUCGUCCACCUCAUAGUCCCUUUACUCGUUGUCAGCGACUGUCUUGUUGUGUAUCGUUUCUAUUUUUGUCGAUGAUAACAAAUGCAAUGUUUUAUCAGUUUUCUGAAAAUCCAGCACAUACCUUUCACUUAGGACCACUGGUUUUAAGCUGGAGACAAGUAGUGAUUGGAAUGCAAAGCGGACUCAUAGCAAUCCCUGUAAGUUUCCUUCUUAUUACGAUCUUCAGGAACGUGAGGACGGAUUCUGAAACUUAUUCUAACCCUAGUAAUACUCAGAGAUCGUCUUCUCGUCUGCCAUGUUAUUUCGUAUACAUUGCAUGGAUUCUGUGUGCAUUAAUAACCCUAUCAUCUUCAGCAUUCACAAUAUUUUAUGGCCUUUCGUGGGGCAAUGACAUUUCUAACCAGUGGUUGACAUCUAUCCUUACGUCCGCUUUUGGAGAUGUUGUGUUAACUCAGCCUGCAAAAGUAAUUCUCUUGGCUAUGAUUGAAUCGCUCAGAACCAGAUCAUAUCCGGAAAAAGAAGAGGUGUGUGGAAGGACUGCUUACAUAAACCGAGAACAAGAAUAUAAGGCUCCAAACGUUCACGAGCUAACCAGGGCCAGGGAAAAUGGAAGAAAAUUCCUCAAGAUGUGGAGGGUGAUAAAAGAUUUGGUGGUGUUCCUUGUAUUCAUUCAUAUCUUGAUGGUUGUUUGUUACAGCAACAGAGAUUUUAAGAGGUACCUGGUGACUGCUUCGGUGGAGGAAAAGCUCGGCGGUAUGAAUGAGGUGGCAGACAAUGAUUUGUUUUGGCUUUGGACAAGAAAUAAGUUAGUUCCUGGACUCUAUAAUGUCUCUUGGUAUAACAUGCAGCCCUUUGCUUAUAAAGAAGGAUUUAUGAGCAACAAAGCAGCGUUCCUCAUAGGUAUGCCUCGACUUCGGCAAAUCCGUGUGAAGGAAGAAAUAGAUAUUCAUUGCAAGUCUUUCCGUGGGAUUCGCGAAAAAGAACGCGGGUCUAAAAAGUGUUCACCACACCAUUCCAGAACCAGCGAAGACAAAAGUGCAUUCUACCUGCCUGGGUGGAUUUCUGUCGAAAAUCACACGGUCCAUUCUGACAAUUCUGUACUUUCUCAACUUUGUCCGAAGCCUUGGAGGUACAAGUCUCCACAGACAUUACAAACCCUUCCCUAUCAAGGAUAUUUUAGAACGUACGAUGGUGGAGGAUAUGUCGCUUAUCUUGGCUACAAUGAAAAAUCGGCUUUGGAGAUAAUACACAAUCUCCAAAACAAUAACUGGCUCGACAAACACACUGCCGCGAUUUUCAUCGAGUUCUCUGUCCAUGAACCGUCCAGUAGACUGUUUAGCUUUGCCAGGUAUCUUUACGAGAGGUUACCAACUGGUGGAAGUGUAACUUCUCGUGACGUGCAGACAUGGGCUCUUUAUCGAGCUCCAAGUGGCUUUUUCGCUGUAUACCAACUGCUGUUUGUCAUAUUUUCCCUUUUGAUCAUAUUUUUGCAAGUCAAAGAAUUUGUAGGAGAAGGCAAGGCCUAUCUUGUGCAGUUCUGGAACUGGAUCAAGAUUUUUCAAGUGUUUACUUCAGUUUCUGCGGCAGUACUUGUGGUGUUGAAGGGAAAUGAAACAAGUCUCUAUGUAAAGAGAGUAAUAAAAAAUCCUUUUGACCAUUCCAGUCCAGAUCAUUUGGUCCAGCUUUGUUACGUCGAGAAUUAUUUACUAGCUAUAUUAAUUCUCAUUUCUACGCUCCAUUUGCUGAAGCUUCUGAAACUUAAUCCUCAAAUCUGGCAAAUGACGAAGACGUUAAGAAGAUCUUGGAUAUCCCUUGUAUCAUUUGCUGCGAUAUUCACUACCUCGCUAGUGGCGUUCUCAUUGGCUGGAUAUCUGGCUUUUGGUAUCAAAAUAUCAUCAUUUUCAUCCUUCUAUCGAGCCCUUGUAACCGUUAUUCAGAUGUGUAUAGGUGGAAAUGUAAACCUCACUGAUGACAAAGUUCAGUGCCCGAUAAUUGGUUUAUUAUUUAUGUAUACGUUCGUCAUUUGGAUGAGACUACUUUUGGUCAAUUUCUUCAUCGUGAUUAUAGUGGAGUAUUACAGAGACGUCAGAACAAAUGUAACGUCUCCCAACGCGUCGUUAACUGAAUUCAUGUGCAACUAUUUCUCAGCGAAGAUAACCAAGUUACUGGAAUAUCUACCUUUUUACUUUAAAAGGAAUGUAAAAAAGCAAGAAUUUAAACUCUCUGACGACGUCUUCUGGAAGGAAUUUUGGCAAAGAGAGUUCGGUGCGGUGUCUCAAGAUCUUCACACUUCACUUCAAAGUCUUGAUCCAGAGUCAAGAUCAACUUUAUCUCAACAAAUCUUUGAUAAUUGUCCCAAUUAUAUAAGUUGCCAAGAGCUCACUAGAUCUAGUUCCAUAGUGAGCGCCAAUAAAGAAUUGCUUUCGAACGAUACAGAAGGGGAAAUCGCACGUUAUUGGAAUACAAGCGAAGAGGAUAUUGCCAUUCUCCAGAGUUUAUCAUUCCCUCUGACGACGCCGUCUUCCAACGAUACCCAACAUGAUACGAAAAGGCUAUUUAAAAUUCGCCUCGUUAUGAAGCUGCGUUUUGCUGAAUGCUUUUAUGACCUUAGUGAGUUAGAGGUCGUACAUUUUAAGUCCAACAUUGUCGAAAUAGCUCAAGAAGUAAAAAGGAUGCUGGCUUACUUGAGGAAGAGGUCAGCGCAACAUUUUGACAGUUUUCUUUAGUAACACACUUGAAUGAAUGAAUGAAGUUCUUUCUUAAAGUUUCAA